AUGAUAGGCCUUAUUUAGGCUGAAACCUUUGUUCAAUCGUUUGGUGCAAAUACAUUAGAGGCUUUUAUGAUCAAUAAUAAAACUUUGAGAUUGUUUAUGACUGUCCCUAUUAAUAAUUUCUUUGCUGUAGGGUUUGGUUCUUAAAUGGUUAACACUGAUAUGAUACUGACUUAGUCUAGAGGAAACCUUAGCACAGCUUACGAUUUAUGGUCGACAAGACAUGGGAGGCCAUCCACAGAUGAAGUAUAAGAUAUUAAAUAUGGUUUCAUUUGGAAUGAAACGCAUACCACUUUUUAAAUAGAUAGAAAAAUUGACACAGGUGACACAGCGCAAGACUUCGUUGUAAUAGUUGUAAGAUUUUUUAUAACAUUUAUCAUUUACAAGGGUGAACCUAUGUCUAUGAUUUUUUCUUAUCAUACUAGCUCGGCAACUCUUACUAAGCAUACAAACAAGGGAGGAUUUACAAUGACUCUGAUUCCACCGAUUUAUAACGCAUCAAAUCAAGAGAAUAAUGAUUCAAAUAAGAGUCUAGGAGAAAAUUUCACUAUAGGAAAUAUAACAUCAGAGAUCUAUGGUGCAAAUUAUGAUGAGGCGUCAUUUCAUAGAAUCCAUGGAUGGAUUCUUUGGCUAUCAUGGGGCCCUUUAGCUUUUAUCUAGUUGACAACGACUCGAUAUAUGAAAACCUUUACCUAUGGAAUUUGGAUUCACAUGCUUGCAGGAUUGCUAAACAUGAUUGCUACACUAACCCUCGGAAUUCUUGCACUUUAAUAAUCUGAUUAUGUCAUUGAUGAUAAUCCUCAUUCAUAAAUUGGAGUCUCAAUCAUGGUGAUAGUUAUUGCUGUAAAUUUCACAGGGGUAAUAAUGCGAAUGAGAAUUUUCAGAAGAUUUAGAAUUUAUUGGAUUCAUAAAGUAAUGGGGUAUUCCAUUCUAAUUGUAGCUUAAAUUUAAUUAGUUUUGGGAGUUUUAAUGUAUUCUCGAAACUACUUAGAAUUUAAAUCUCCCUUAGGCUUUAUUCAUGUCGGAAUUUUUGGUAUGUUCUUGGCUGGCAUUGAAAUCUAUCAUCAAAUGCGUUUGAGAUCUAAAAAAAUAGAGAUGAAGAUGAAGAGUAGGCUAAUAUCACUCUAUCAGUUUAAUUAAUUAGUAGCUCAUGGACGUUAAUUUGUGAUUCUGGAUGAUAAAGUUAUAGAUGUAGAGACAUUCUUUGAUAAUCAUCCAGGGGGAAGAUCACUGUUAAAGUUAAACAUAGGUAGAGAUAUAACUAAAUUCUUUUACGGAGCUUAUGAAUUCAAGAACAUAAAUAAUGUAGAUAUCAAGAAUUGUCACUCAAGUCUAGGUUAUUAAUUAGCCACUUAAAUGACUGUUGGUAGACUUGAGAACAACUAUAAUUAGGAAUACUUAGUAUAACUUAUCUAUUCCUCUUAAUUAUUAGGGAAACAUACUAAAACUUUCGUUUUUUAAGGUUAGGAAUUGAGAUCUGGCAUGUAAAAAUACUAUUCUAAUAUUGGCAUGAUAGGCCGUCAUUUCACUCUAUGCAGUUCUAAAUAAAGAACAUUGAAGAGAUAAUAUUACAUAUGUAACUGCCUAAUGCCUAAAAUUUAUGAGUAGUAUAUGCAACUGAUUGAAAAAUUUUUGAAUAAUAAGAGUAAGUUACAUCUUGACAAUUCAAUCAUUCAAGAUGGGGCAUCAAAUAGAAUAGCAUUAACUGUAAAAGCAAUUUCUAAAAGAAGGGGUCUUUCAAAUAUGAUUUUUUAACGUUAACUAGGGGAUAAUUUUAUUUUAAACGGCCCUUUUGGAAAAGGCCUUGAAUUAUAAUAUUCUGGAGUGCAUAUUGCUUUUACAACAGGAUAGGGUUCAUUAGCCUAUUUAGAUUUAGUAGCACAUUUGAUUAGGAAGAACUUGGAUCUCUUAGACAAGGAAGAGGCCAAAUAACUCAGUUUUAGUGAUUUUAAAUUUAUCAUGAUUGUCUGUGUGCCCAAUAAGAAACAUGCUCUUGGAUAUCAAUUAUGCAAAGGACUAGUCUAGAUAUGUAAGCGCUAAAACAGAGAAAAUUUUGAAUAUAAGCUAAAGAAAAUUUAGAAUGCAAAUCAAUUUUGGAAUGAAGAAUACAUUAUUUCUGAAAUGGAUUAAUUUAAAGAAGCAGAAAAAAUUUGGGUCAAUGGUCCAAAUAGAAUGAAUUAGGCGUUUGACAUUGCUUUUAAGUAGCUAGCUAUUUAGCAUUAGUAGUACUAAUAAGCUUUUAAAUAUGAGAUAUUUUGA